AUGUCUAGUUCAUCGGAAUCUCGUUGUGUCGUUGUCGGAUCGGAUUCAUCAUCCGAAUCCGAUGGUAUGUUCCUGCAUAACGCACUUCAGUGGAUGGAAGACACGGCAUCUUGUAACGCGGUUCACAACCGCCGAACCAUAGAGCGCCAACGCGAACUUGGUCAUCAAAUUUUGCUUAAUGAUUGGUUCGUUGAUGAGCCAAAAUACGAUGACGCUUACUUUCGAAAGAAAUUUCGAAUGGAAAAAAGCAUGUUUUUGAAAAUCGUCGCCAACAUCGAGGCGAAUUUUUCAUAUUUUGGAGACGGGUUCGUCAAAAAUUUCGAAUUUUUCGAUGCACGUUGGCGAGGCAGUUUCAAACCGCUCCAAAAAGUCGCAUCGGCGGUACGUCAACUCGCAACGGGCAAUCCGCCCGACGAGUACGAUGAGUACUUACACAUGGCCGCGAGAACCGGCCGCGAUUCUCUUGAUCAUUUUUGUGACGCCAUCAUUAAGUUGUAUGGUCGUGAGUACUUACGUAGGCCUACCCAACACGACGUUCCUCAUAUUUUCCAAGCUCACGAAGAGUGCCAUCACAUGCCGGGGAUGCUUGGUAGCAUCGAUUGUACAUAUGUCGAGUGGUUAAAUUGUCCAAGACACUUGAAAGGACAAUAUACGAGAGGCGACCAUGGCGUUCCCACUAUUAUGCUUGAGAUAACCGCUUCUCAAGACUUGUGGAUUUGGCAUGCUUAUUUUGGUGCUCCUGGUUCAAACAACGACAUCAACGUGUUGAACCAAUCCGACUUGUAUAACACGGAGCGAAAUGGCACGACCCCGGAUAGUUCAUUCGUCGUUAAUGGUCGACAGUACAAACGCGGUUAUUAUCUAACCGACGGCAUCUACAACAAGGACUCGGCGUUUGUUAAAGCAUACCAGUAUCCUACUGACCCGAAGGAGAAAUAA